GAGUGUUAUCAGAGAAUCUGCACAAAUAUAUAAAGCAUAUCAAAGCAAAUUCGUAUUAUAAUUUGCGUCAUAAUUUUGUUUCUUGUGCAUCAUUGAAAGUACGAAACAUGGCGUUUACAAAAUUAUUUAUUUUGACACUAGUAACUGUCAUUAAUCUGCAAGAGAUUUAUGGGCAUGGGAUGAUGAUGGAUCCUGUAAAUAGAAGCAGUGCAUGGAGAAAAGGCUUUCCCGUACCACCUAACUACACCGACAAUGAACACUUCUGCGGCGGAUACGGUAUCCAACACGAAAAAAAUGGUGGCAAGUGUGGAGAAUGCGGUGAUGAUUAUUCAUUAUCUCGACCACGUCCAAACGAAAAUGGCGGCAUCUAUGGAACAGGAGUUAUCGUUCAAAAAUAUAAAGCAGGUUCUAUCAUCGAUGUAACUGUUCGUCUCAGUGCCGCCCAUAAAGGUCAUUUUGAAUUCAGUCUCUGUCCAUUAAAGACAGAAAAGGAAUUUGAAACCGAUGAAUGUUUCAAUAAAUAUCCCCUGCCAUUAGCUGACGGUAGCGGGUAUAAAUAUCCCGUUCCCUACGAGGCAAAGGAUUACAUUAUCAAGCUGGUUUUACCAAAGGGUGUCACAUGUAAACAAUGCGUAAUCAGGUGGCAUUACCGAACCGGAAAUACAUGGGGCACUUGUGAGGACGGAACAAAAGGUAUGGGUUGUGGCCCUCAGGAAACAUUUAGAAGCUGUGCAGAUGUCUCUAUCGAUUAACUUAUCACUUCAAAGCUAUUAACCUUGUGACAUUAGAAAGUGUCACCCCAAAAUUUUUUUAUAUAAAACUGAUUUUUUUAUUAAUGAAGGACUUUCUAAUCUAAUAAGACUUACUAAAUAAAUAACCCAUACAGCAUGAAA